CGAGGGGCGGAGCGGCGGCGGCGUCGUCCCCGCCUCCUCUCGAGGGACCGCGUCUGAGCCUCGGCGGUGGCGGCGUCGGUAACGCUCGGAGCCCGAGGAGAGCUUCUUGCCCAAGAGCUGCGGCGGCCAUCGAGACCCACCCAAGGCGCGUCUCCCUCGGCCUCUCGGCGCUCCCAGGCCGCAGUGUCCGUGCCCGCGCCGGUUAAGCUCGCUCGCUCGCUCUCCCUGCUUCCCUGCGUCCGGCUGCGCCAUGGCUUUGGCGGCGGCGGCGCUGGCGGCGGUCGAGCCGGCCUGCGGCAGCCGGUACCAGCAGUUGCAGAAUGAGGAAGAGCCAGGAGAACCUGAACAGGUUGGCAGUGACGCUCCUCCACCCUACAGCAGCAUCUCUCCCGAGAGCAGCAUCUCCGCUGAGAGUGCAGCAUAUUUUGACUAUAAAGAUGAGUCUGGGUUUCCAAAGCCUCCGUCUUACAAUGUGGCUACAACACUGCCCAGUUAUGAUGAAGCUGAGAGAACCAAAGCUGAAGCUACUAUCCCUUUGGUUCCAGGAAGAGAUGAAGAUUUUGUGGGCCGGGAUGAUUUUGACGAUGCUGACCAGCUAAGGAUAGGAAAUGAUGGGAUUUUCAUGUUAACUUUUUUCAUGGCAUUCCUCUUUAACUGGAUUGGAUUUUUCCUGUCUUUUUGCCUGACCACCUCAGCUGCAGGAAGGUAUGGGGCCAUUUCAGGAUUUGGUCUCUCUCUAAUUAAGUGGAUCCUGAUUGUCAGGUUUUCCACCUAUUUCCCUGGAUACUUUGAUGGCCAGUACUGGCUCUGGUGGGUGUUCCUGGUAUUAGGCUUUCUCCUGUUUCUCAGAGGAUUUAUCAAUUAUGCAAAGGUCCGGAAGAUGCCAGAAACAUUCUCCAAUCUACCCAGGACCAGAGUUCUCUUUAUUUAUUAAAGAUGUUUCUGGCAAAGGCCUUCCUGCAUUUAUGAAUUCUCUCUCAAGAAGCAAGAGAACACCUGCAGGAAGUGAAUCAAGAUACAGAACACAGAGGAAUAAUCAUCUGCUUUAAAAAUAAAAAAAUAAAAGUACUGUUGAAGAAGAUCAUUUCUUUCUAUUUGUUCCUAGGUGUAAAAUUUUAAUAGUUAAUGCAGAAUUCUGUAAUCAUUGAAUCAUUCGUGGUUAAUGUUUGAAAAAGCUCUCGCAAUCAAGUCUGUGAUGUAUUAAUCGGCUUAUAUAUUGUUUGUAGUCAUUUUAAAUAGCAUGAGCCAUGUCCCUGCAGUCAGUAGGGGGCAGUCUUGCUUUAUUCAUUCUCCAUUUCAAAAUGAAUUUGGAAUUAAAUAUUUUAAUGUAAGAUACAUAUAAUGCUGGCUGUCUUAAAGGGGUUUUCUCAAAAGUUAAAUUUUUUGUUACGAUUGCAUUUCUGCACAUAAUACAUAUUUGCUGUUAAAAUUAAUCUAAAAAUUUAUUCUGUUGUACUGUGUGAACACAUUGAAGCAAAAUCAUAGUGCAAAAUACAUAUAAGUUGUGGUAAAAAAUAUGUUCUUAAUUGGUAAAUAAUAAGCAUUAUUUUUUUUAUUGUCUUAUUCUAAAUUUGCAGUGAUUAUUCUGUGGUGCAUACCUAGGGAUUCUAAAGGUAUUGUCACCAUAUAAAGUAGAAAGGACAAGGACAAAUGUGGUAGAAUUACUAAAAUGCAAUUCUUGACAUUUUCUGUAUUAAUAGAGUCUUUACCCCUUUUUUUCUUUUUCUUUUGUCUCCUGUUUAUGGGCCAGGGGUUGGUCGUGAGGAGGGAGUUUGGCACUAGGAGCAAAGAAAGAAUUGGCUUUGGAAUUUUUGAGAUGCUCCCUAACAUACUGUACUACUUGCUUUUAUAAUGUGUUAGCAAAAACUGAUGCUGUAAGUGUAGAAUGAUGUGCUUUCUGCCAAGUGGUAAUUCACCUUGGUUUGCUAUGUUAAAACUGUAAAUACAACAGAACAUUAAUAAAUGUCUCUUGUGUAGCA